AUUAUCCGCGAAUGGACCGUACCGGGUCUCACAUCCUGGUUUUUUCAGUGGGCAGAAAGGAGCCGAAGCCGAAGAAGCACGGAGGCGACACGGCGAAGGGAGACGCAGAAAAUGGCAGGAAAAGCCGGCGGGCUCAAGGGCGUCGCCCUCAUCGGCGGCGGCGCCAACAGCGUGGUCGCUGGCGCCCUCCAAUUCUUCCAGGACCCCGCCACCGGGUACACGGAGGUGAGGGGGAAGGUCACGGGCCUCGCUCCAGGCCCCCACGGAUUCCACAUCCACGCCUUCGGCGACACUACCAACGGCUGCAACUCCACCGGACCUCAUUUUAACCCUCAUAAUAAGCCCCAUGGAGCACCAUUUGAUGAUGAGCGACAUGUUGGUGAUCUGGGAAACAUAGUAGCCAACAAAGAUGGAGUUGCAGAAGUGUUCAUAAAGGACUUACAGAUUUCACUGAGUGGGCCUCAUUCCAUAUUGGGAAGGGCAGUUGUAGUUCAUGCUGAUGCUGAUGAUCUAGGGAGGGAUGGGGCCUCGUCUUUCCGGAAAUAUUUUAUUCAGUGUGGGAUUUAGAUAGAAUAACUGGCAUUGCCACUUGCUCAAUGGAGAUGUUACUGCCAAUUGAUACCAAUCCCAUCUUGUUGUUCCUCGAGAAUAUUAUCUCAUUCAUUUCAUGGCUGCUAUGACUACAGUAGCAAGUUGGGCGUAUGCAACGGUAGUCCCACUUACAGCACUACCAUACUAUGUGCUAGGCUAUGCAACACUUGUAAAACCAGUAUCAUCAUGUUGUUCCUCGAGCAUAUCAUCUCAUUCAUUUCAUGACUGCUAUGGCUGCAGUAGGGCGUAAUUCACUAUGCAAGGGUAGCGCCACAUUACAGCAGUACCAUACCAUGUGCUAUGCCAUGUAACACUUAGAAACCAUGAAUUACUAGUCGAUAUUUUAAGAUCUCUUUCUGUUGUGUACAUAAAAUUGGCUUCAUGAGAUCCUGCCCUCCAUUGAUGGCUCAUUUGCAGUAGCAGUCAGAUGAUGAAAUUGGCUGAAGAAAGGCAUUCAUGAUGGCGCAAUUUUCGAUAAAUCAUUUCCAAGAUUGUCAUAUAAUUAUAUGUUGGACGUUGAAUGCUUAUGUGUACUAGUACAGGUUCAAUUGCUACAAAUAUAAUUUGGACGCUAGAAAUGGAAAAAAGAGAGAAAAUCUUGCAUGCUAUUUGACCCUAGUUUUACACUCAUUUUAUUAAAUAAGUAUGAGUGGUUUUCUUCAUACUAUGUUCAACAGCUCAUCGUGCUGCUGCAGGUCAAACAUUGAAGUAUUUUGUUCCUUGCUUCCCUUCCACAUUUUGUAAUAAUCGGCAUACUUCAGAUUCCUGAACAAUUGUUCUAGUGUGAGGCAUCCUCAUUUUUUAACUGCUCCUCCUGACU